AGUAUUUUGUACAAUUUGAGGUAUUUUUGUUAAACACAAGAGACCAAAUUUUUGUGAGUGUUAAUGCGACGCAAGCCAACUUGUUUUCAAAAUAUUGCUCAAAUUCUAUGAAUACGAGUGUUAGAAUUUGAUUAAAUAUGCUAAUUAUAUAGCUCAGUAAAAAUAGAAAUUAUAAACUGGUCGCAAUCAAAUGCAAACGGUAGUAUAAAAGCGCUAUGCCAACUGCCAGACUGCAUUCCAAGUUCCCAAAAUGAAGAUCUUCGCUCUCUGUGCCUUCGUGCUCCUCAUCCUGGCUGCCGUCCAGGCCAAUAGUUCUCCGGAGACAAGUGCCAUUUCUGGAAAGGACCUUAAGAAAACUGCUGGAUAAUCUAUAUUGGACCAUUUAACCAGACGAAAGCUUCUCGAGUACUGGAAUACAAUCGAUGUUGAAUAAAAACUCUGUUUAGACAAAGCA